AUGAUCUCUAAAUUGUUAGCUGGGAUUGUUGAGCACUUUGAGAAGCUUCAGCCCUCCAAUUAAAUUGAGUCUUCUCCUAAGCAAAGUAUCCUUCAAAAUAUAUCUCCAAAGGAAAACUUCAACAGCUCAAGAAGCAAGCACGCGCCUUGCGACAAGUUAAGACUGAUUAAAUUAAAGGCACAUGAAAAGAAAAAACUCUCUAUGAGUCCAUAAAAGAACUAGCAAAUUCAGAGCCAUAUAAAUGUGUUUAAAAGCGAUGGUAAAACACCCAAUGGAUCAUAUGGAUAUUCUAUAAUGAUGAUGAUGGCUUAGAAAAAUAGUUCAACAACUCCCAAACGUCAGUCUGUGAUUGUUCAACCCAGAUACUUAAAUUUUGGCUCAGAUAAAAAGACAAAUAACAAGAUUGGAGGGGGCUAGGGAAUACUUGGAGCAGCGACACUGCUAGUUGACUUAGCCGAUGAUGAGAUCAGCACGCACAUAGAUUCUAUGAAAGAUUCAGAGUUGAUUGCAUAAACUGGAAGAAGCUGUGUCGGUGGAUAAUAAACCAAAAUCAACAGUAAUAAUAGGAUAAAUCUCUAAAAGUGCAUAUCACCCAGACAAAUAACAGCAAAAAUCAAUCCAAUAGAUAAAAAAUUAGAUAUCAAUAAUGAUAAAUAAAGAUUAGCAUAACAAAAUAAAAAUAUUGGGCAGUAAGACGAUAUCAGGAGCGUAGGUCAAAACUGCUCUUAUAAUUCAAUUCGUCCACCCACAGAUUCAUGUUAGAGUAAAGUUGGUGAUGAUGAGAAUCAUCCUAUUUUUAUCAGUUAAGAUGAUCGAAAUGAAAUAAAUGAACAAGCAACUCAGACCAAUACCCUCGGUAGAUUAGAUACAGGAGUUAUAAUUACUGAUGAAGAUUAGCAUUCUCAUAAGAAAAUAAAACCCUAAUUUGUCAAAGAAAAGAAAAGAGAAAAGGUAUUGAAAUAAAACUUACUUUACAAUAAGAAUAAGUCAGCCGGUUUGAAUUUGAAAUAGGCGGCAAUCCCGAAGUCAAGCAAACAUCUUGUAACUAAUAGUACGAUUAUAAAAUCUACUCUAAACUCUAAAAAUGACAUGACUAAAACUAAAGAUUCUAUAAAUCCCUCUAGAAGCAGAGAUCAAGCCUAAAACAAUACUCAUAAAUUCCAAGUCAUCAAGGAUAAUUAGGCUUAAACUGAAGAUGAAAAAAUCAGCAACAAAGCAACUGCUGCAACAUCAACUCCUAAUAAAAAUGAAGGGAAUACUAAAAUUGGAAGUAAUUGUAUUCAAGAGGUUAGUAAGUGUCUUGAAGAGAGUCCAUAGCAAAAUCAUCUUAUGAAAAAGAAGAAACUAAAGACUCCCAAGAAAUAUACUAAUCAAAAGCCUCAAAGCGAGACUCCGAUUUUUUAUGAAACUCACCUCGGUAUCGGAUGUAAAAAUCUGAAGAAAAUUGAUAGUAUUUAAUAAUAAUCCUAGUAAAAUGGAAUUGGCACUACUGCAAUAGCUCUAUCUAAGACUUUCGAUUUGCUGGCUAAUGAUGAGUCUCAAAAGACCUUUUAUCCUUCAAAUAAGAGUAAUUUCUCCUAUGAGCCGAAGUUUUAUAAACCUUCGAGAUAAAGCGUGCAUAGUGUCUAAAAACAAGAUUCGGUAUAUAGUCAGGGCAAUUCCCCAAAAACCAUUACUAAUUCUACUACUUUUAACAUUGAUUAAGCUGGUAGUCAUGUGAACUUUUUAAUCCCUGGGCAGUUAUCUUAGAUUAACUUAAGUAAGUAGUUCUAACAAUUCUAGAAUUCAAAGCGUAGUUACUCAAUAAAUAACAUGCAAUAUAAUCCGGUAUCCUCAGAUCUGAACACUAAUCAUAACACUCCAAAUGCCUAAAGAAACGAAAAUCAUCCUAGAUAAAUCAAAGUUUACAAAAAUGAGCAUCUCACUAGUUAAAAGUAAAAUGUUAAUUUACAAGCCUCGCUACUAUGCUCUUAACUAAAGAAUUUCUAUGAAUUGGAGCAUACAAAACAGACUUAAAAUAGCACUGCUUUGAUUAUGUAACCAAUAGAUUAUAAUCAGUAAGCUGUUAUGAGUUAGAAAAUGCGCAAAUUCAAUAUUGAAAAUGAAUAGUAACCUAAAUCGCAAUAAAUUCAAUACUAAAGUAGAAGUGGUGGAGUUAUGCAAGUACAGAUAAAUUGCCAAAAUUCCCCUGUUUUCUCCAAAAAGACUAAUUAAAGUUUACCCCAAUAGAUCAACUUUCAUAAAAAGGGGGUAAAUAGUCAAAAUUAAAAUUUUAACUUUAACUUCAAGCAAGAUACCUAAAACUAUCAAUAGAAUAGCAGUCAAAGUAAUACUGGAGCUGGAGGAGGUCAGCUAAGUCAAAGAACUAUGGAGAGCACUAAUCCUAUUAGUAAUAUGCAUUAAGGGAAUAAUAGUACUAAUAACAGAAGGCUAACCACAAUAAACUACUCUUCACAGAGUAACAUUAACAAUAACUUAUAGAUUAUCCCUCAUAUGAAUGGGGGAACAACCCACCACAAUAAAGGAAUAUUACGUAAAUUGUGA